AUGAAGCUACCGAUCCUCAUUGGAAUCCCUCUUCUGCUCCUAUUCGCUCAAGUGGUGUACCCUGCUGCGAUUGUGGUCAAACGUAUGACGGAUUCGGACAGAGACAAAAUAGUGGCUGAAAUUAACAACGUCCGUGCGCAAGUCGCAACUAAUAAGAAGAUCUCAAACAUGCACGAAAUAGCAAUGAAUUGCAAAGCUCCACCGACUGGCUCUUUCAUGGUCAUUCCUAUUCCGUCCCAAAAACUGGUAGAACAAAUUAAUGCUGCUUCACAAGAACAACAGGAAAAGAUUGGCAAAGAAUACGCUGAAAAUGUAGGCAAAGCCAUUCUCGGUCCAAAACAAACACGAAUUGGAUGUGGGGAGGUCAAAUCGGAUUGUCUUUCUGGUGGAUGUUUGAUUGGUCCUCAAAGCAGUGUUUCGGAGAGUGACUUCACACAAGGAGAACCCGGAUCUAACUGUCCAAAUGGAAAGGCGUCGAGUGGAUUGUGCAAGUAUUCGACAUCUACUCUAUCAUUUGCCUCCGUUCUCCUCAUUGUCGUAUCCUUCCUUUUCAUCUGA